AUGGAAGAGUUGGGUUCUAUUUGGUUUUACCAAGAGAGUAUGGAUGAAUUAAGACAAAAGCUUCAAUACAGUUCCUUCGAACUCGAAGCUGUGAGAUCAAAAGCUAAUGAAGAAUCAAAACUUCACCAAGAAGAAGUGAAGAACCUUCUUCAUCUUCUCAAACUCGCUCGUCAAGAGAGAGACGAAGCUAAAGACCAAUUACAGAGACUCCUCACGAUCAAAGCUAAUUCUAGUAUCACCGAGUCAAACUCGCACGGGUCAUCACCGGUCGACUCGUUCUUCGAACCGGUUUCGUCUCCUGAAUUAUCCAAUUUCAACAUCGUACCGGAACCGGUUCACCAAAUCAAAUUCAGGAACCGACCCGUUAACCGGAUCUGUAAUUCUCAGCAGCAGAGACCGGUUAAGAUUGAUCCAGUGGAAGCUCUAAUGGAUGAGAUUAUCAAAGGAAAACCUUUACCGGUAAAGGGUAAGCUUCUUCAGACAGUUAUGGAAUCUGGACCGUUGCUUCAGACACUUCUUGUCGCCGGUCCACUUCCACGGUGGCGCAAUCCUCCGCCGCUUCAGCAGAGUUUCAGAGUUCCGGCGAUCUCAAACUCUUAUGCUAUCUUGAAAAGUUGUUCGACGAAGACGACCACGUCAAUGCUCAAUUUCAGAGGUUGCUCUGUUCCAGGAAUUGCUACUGGACUUGAAGUUGCUAAGAGACAAAGAUUUCAUUAG